UAAACCACCACGACGACACUCUACAAGAACCUCCAAAAAAGUAAUUCGAUUUGGCGAGUCACAGCAGCUGAAAAGUACUCCUUUGGAGGAUAGCGCUGUUGUGAAAUCACCAUCGAAAACCCCGAAAAAGACACCCGUUCGGAUAGAAGUCGAAGAUGAGCAAACACAAACAGUUACUGUUGUUGAGAAAAAGAGCAAAUCCAAGAAGGUAUCAAAGUUUAAAAAGGCUAAAAAACUGGCGAAAUCUUCCAAAAAGACUGCUAAAAAGCAGAAGGGAGCAGCCGUCAAGAAGUCCAAUAAGACUGUAUCGGCUAAAAAGGGCAUCAAGUCAUCAGAUAUUCAAUCAGUAUCAACUCCAUCUUCAUCGUCUCCAAAACGCCCUCGUGAUGAUAUACCAAAACCAAUAGAAGUCAAGCCAAAACCAGCCGAACCCAAGAAGAAAAAACACAAAAACGAUAAGCUGAUACCGAGACUGGAUAUUCCGGAUAUGCAAUUGAAUAGUUUCUUCUACGGAAAAACAAAUCCGAAAUUCAUAAGCGUUUCAUCGUAUGCUCGUAUUGCUCAUCGAUUUGUCUUGAAGAAAGAUUUGAAUGGACUGAAAAGAGUCAUAGCCGAUGGAGCACAUUUUCAUUCGGAUGCACUCCGCUCGACCUAUUCGGAGUCAUAUGAGCUGACGCCCGAAUGUGAGGCUGUACUGACAGAGGAUUUGAAAUUCAUUGAUGAUAUGCUGAAACUAUCCGACAAACUGGCAAAAGACACGCAAAGCAGAGUGACCACCGAGCCGUUGCUUCUAAAAGAGGUGGAAACAGGUAAAAGUAACGUGCGCAUGUUAGGACAUAGAACACGUCCGGUGCAAAUGACUCGUGGAGGUCGUGAAGGAAUUAACGCAUUGCUUAAGCAUGAUGAGGAGUCUCAUGCUGACCUAAAUGAACGACUUCAAGUGCUUAUCGAGAAGAAUAUCUCAUUUGCUACUCUGGAACAUAUCGCAAGUCUUGCUUCCACCUAUAAUACAUGUGUUGACAUUUCCAGCGAAUGUACUUCUCUGGUGGUGCAUGCGGUUCGAUUCGGACAUCGUAAAUUAGCUGGCAAAAUGAUUGAAGCAUACUCCAAAUACAACUUCAAUGAUUUACACCUUCAAACACUUCUGAAUGAUCGUCAACCGUUAAAGAAAUUCAAGCAAGUCUCAGUGCUGAAGAAGGGACAAAUGAAUGAUACAAUAACGCCGAUCCAUACGGCGGCUAUCAAUCCUAAUGUCGCCUAUCUGAAAGCACUUGCUGAUGUUGAGCCGAAUUUCAAUAUUCCGGAUGCAAAAAAUUGGUAUACAAUCCACUAUGCGGCCGUUUGUGAGGGUCCGGCACCGUUGAAGUUUCUGCUUGAGAGGGGUGCUCCUUUCGUGCAGACCAACAAACAGAAAGAUCUACCGCUGCAUUGUGCGGCAAGAACUGGACGUGUGGAAAACGUUCGAGUUUUACUCGAAGCUAUGCAGAAGUCGCAAGUUGUGGAUGAUUUAGAUGAUCAAGAAGCGAGCGAUCUGGACGAUGAGCAUCAUCCCAAUGGGGAAAGUUCACAAGCGGAAACUGAGGAC